CUGCUCGGUCACCACCCACUCUGGUGAGUUUCGAGCGUAAAUCCCGACAAACGAGUCCUGACCAGUCUCGACUCCAAGUUGAACCAGUCCGGCCCCAAACUGAGUGGCAGCAUCCUCCACCUCUUGAUAGGAGAGCCACUGAUAAGGAUGGUCUGGUCCGACCCUCCAUCCCAAGCAAGGGCCGUUCUUGGACUCCCUCUUGCCCCUCUGGAAGCUCUGGUAGAGGGUCUUGGCAUCCUCGUAGAAGGAAGUCAUCAGGUCGUCCGUCUUCUGGAACGGCGACUUUCUUGCACGCUCACCACCCUGGACCUCGGAUGUCUGGUUCCCCAGAGGUACGGGGGGCGAGAAGGGAGUGGUCCGCGAGGAGAGAUAGUAAGCCGUUCCCGCAGCCACCACACCCAGCCCGACCAGCGUGGCCGGGUCCGAGAGAAAGUUCACCAGAGCCGAGUGAGUCUCCUCUGCCAUCUGUCACAGCUAGCUACCGUCCUGGGCUCGGUCCUGGGUCCCGUGAGAGAAGAAAGGGAUUGGGCGAGGUUCCUGCGCACGUUGUUAUUCGACACGCGCAUGCGCAGAUAGGGGAAAACCCUUGGCUCUGAUAUCUUUCCCCCGCUACUCUCCGGACCUGUCUCGCUUCUUCCUCGAGAUCAGGUCACCCUCUUGAGGUUCAACUGUAUGGCUCAGGAUCACGGCCGCCUCCGCAAUUCCGACGGCCCUCUACAACCGUCCACCUUCUCCUCGGCGCGUAGCGACUACGGGACGGGAAGCGGGUUCGACCGCGACUCCCACCGUCAAGCCUCCGUCGCGAGUUUCGGAGGUGGCGGGUACCCGGUGCCUGCUCACGGCGGCGCGCCCUCGCUGGGGACCGGCCAGCCGCGAGUGGCCCUCCCUCCCAACGUCAAACUCCCUCCCAGCAUGAUGUCCACCUACCAGACCCAUCCCAGGCUCCCCCAACAACAAAUGAUGAAGGCGAUGCCAAAUUCACACACGGUGACCUACCAUCCUCCCGUGCCAACCUCUUCGACAAGUGCCGGGUCUUUCGCACACGGUCCCCACCCAAUUCAAGAGUUUGGUGCCGCGGAUGUCAUUCGUCAGUUGGACCUGGCGGCCGACGAGAACAACAGACUCCGGGGACGACUGAAAGACAACAACGUGAUCCUUGAGGAGAAGGUGCAGGAUAUCCAGCGAUGUCUGCAGUCUCGUGACAGAGACAAGGGGACAAUCGCCCGACUGCAGUCCCAGCUGGAGCAGGUGAGGAAAGAGGCUGCAGAGAAGAGAGAGGAGGCCCAGCAGAGGAAGAGUAUGCCUGCUCGUGUUUCGGAUACAACAGUAGCGGACGAAACAACCAACAAGUUGUUUGAAGCCCAGGUGGCGGUGAUGGGCUUCAAGUGCCGCGUGAUGCAGCUGCAGGGAGAGCUGGACGACAGACAGAGAGAGGGCUGGGCAGACGCCUCUGCCAGGGAGGAGAUAGAGCACCUCAGAACGGAGAACGCCACUCUCCGGGAGGACUUGAAGAAAGUGAAGGAGGAGAGGGACUUGGCACGGAAGCAGAAGACUCCGUCUCCUCAGUCUACCUCGUCCUCAUCCAGUGCUCGCAUUGAACGGGAGCUGAGACUGAAGGUACAGGAGCUGACUAACCAGGUCCUGAGUCUGGAGGUGGUCAUCAAGGAAGUGAACCAGCAGCUCUCUGACAAGAGACACCUCCACCACACCGAGACCCAGCGAAUGGCCGCCCAGAGCCAGCAGCAGCAGAGCCGUAUCGCCAGUCUCCAGUCAGAACUGGGGAGACUCCAGGGUGUCCUGGCCAGCCAGCAGCAGUCCAGCGGGCUCCAGACAGAGAUAGAGAGUCUGAGGUCGGAGUUGAGUCGGGCCCAGAACCAACUGGCCACCCAGCAGCAGAACUAUGAACUUCGACUAACUUCUCUCACAACACAGACCAACAUGGCGAGACAGGAUCAGGCCAGAGCGCAGGAGCUUGGCAUGCAGCUAACAUUGGCACAUGCAGAGAUCAGCAAACUGAAUCAAGACAUGCGAGAUGUCCAGAAGGAGGCGGAGAAAUACAAGAAGAAGUCGGAAAUGUCCGAGUCGAAGGUGAAGGACAGCACGACCAAGAUGAUGAGCAUGGAGGACCAGCUGAGAGGCCAGAAAGCCGAGGUGCCGGUCCCGAAACCUCGCGGAGACAUCGCCCAACUCAAGUCAGAGAUUGAGUCUCUUCAGACUGAGCUGGCGACAACCAGGAGCAACUAUGAGAGGGAGAGACGAACGAGGGAGGGGGUGGAGACUGAGGUCCAGGUCAAGCGGACAAAGAUUCAGGAGCUUCUGAUGAAGAACAACCAGCUACAGGCCCAGCUGGGAACCGGGGGAGGGGGAGGGAGGGAGCAAGGAGAGCUGGAACUGGAGGUAGAGCGACUGAAGAGAGAGAAUUCGCGAGCCGAGGCCGCGUUGGCAGAGCUGGAGAAGGAGAAGAAGGAGGCGGUGGACGCGAAGAUAGAAACGGAGACGAAACUGGCUGAGACACAAGAGGAGCUGACCACUCUCAGAGGGAGUCAGAGUGGGCCGGGUAAACUGAAACCAAAGCCUCUGGAGGUGAGACUGAACGACUACGCAGGGAAACUGGCUCAUCUGGAGGGUGUCUUUGACAACGAGAGGAAGGAAAAGAGUAAGCUGGAGACCUCACUGAGGCAGGAGAAGCAGAGGACGGAGGAACUGGAGAGCCGGGUGCAGAUACUGGAGAGGGAGAAGAGCCACGUGGAGGACGAGACUGUGAGAAACCUGCAGCAGCAAAAGAGCGAGGUGGAGAGGUGUCUACAAGAGAAGGAAAGGGAGCUGGUCGAAGCGGCCGUCCGUCACCAGGAAGAGCUGGACAGACUGCGAGCAGAGACGGCCGUCCAGAAACAGAACUACGAGAAGAAGAUUGACGAGAAAGAGGCGGCUCUGCGUGGGAAGGAGAGGGAGCUGGAGAUGGUGCAGCAGAGCCUCCAGCGAGGUCACUCAGAGAAAGAGGGGGAGGUGACCGAACUGAGGACCAACCUCCGGAGAACCAGCUCACAACUGCAGCAGAAAGAGAGCGAAAUGUGAGUUCCAAUCCCUUCCUCCGGAUCAGCAAAUGUCUCAUUCCAAACAGUACACGUGGCCCGAGAUAUAAUAAUAGUAAUAUCUAGUUAUGUAAUCACAUCAGAGUCCAUGCUUUCUCUACACAUGUGAGAGUGGAGACCUUAGUGGAGACUACAAUAACUGUCAAUAUUACUGAUGUAUUAGCAUACAAAGAGCAAGGUAAGCCAGUUAAAAAGAUUGUGAGGAAAAUAUCAAUAUUGUCCGUCUUGGGAUGUUUCUACUAAGACCUACGUUUCCGUCAUAUUUAAGUAUGUAACUGUCUUUCUUCUUAUUAAGCACUCUCUGAUAUGAAUGUUUGUUGUUGUUGUUGUUAUUGUUAUUGUUGCAUCAGUGUUCAGAUAAGGAGCGAACUGCAGAGCCAGCUGCUCACGCUAGCCACAGAGAAAGAGAACCUGCGAGCCAACGAGAAUCAGAUCGCGUCGCGUAUCAGAGACACUCUUCAAGAGAACGACAGACUCAAAAACGAGCUGACCAAGACGCAGAAGGUGACGGGAGAGUUCAGGAAGGAGUGUGAGUCGCUGGUGGGAGACUACCAGACAGCAGCGAAGAAGAUAGAGCUACUGGAGAAGGAGAGGGACAGGUUCAGGAACCAGACCGACAUGGGGAUGAGGGAGCUGGCGAUGAGGGCUGAGAGAAUCAAGGCUCUUGAGGCAGAGAGACAGAGUCUGCAGGACCAGCUCCAGCACAUGGACCUGCAAUUGAAGCAGUAUAUGGCAGACUUCAGAAGCGAGCGUGAGAUGAGAGAGAGUGCGUUCCAGGUGAAGGAGAUGGCGGAGCGCAGGCAACAUGAACUCUCCAGCGAGGUAUCCACUCUCCAGAAACAGCUCACAGAACUGCAGACCGUCCAACACUUUGACACUGACGUGAGCGAUGAUCCAGGCGCAGUGGGAGGUGGGGGAGGAGGAGGGAGAGUGUGGUCUGGAGGUAGAGCUAUUCCAACACCUCGUCCAGCACCUACUGAUCCAUCUGCUAGUCCCCUCGCUGCCCCACCACUACCUCCCAAACCAGGAGGGGACUUCAACUUCCCAAGACACCAGAACAUCCUACAGCAGCAGCCUCAUCAUCAUCACCACCAGUCACAGCCGCAGCAGUAUGUGGGAGGAGGGAUCCAGGGUCUGCCACCUCAUCACCACGGACAAGAGCUGGUGACUUCUGCCACUCCAUUCCCUCAGGCUCGGCCACCUCCUGUUAGUCAACCACCAGUCGCCAUGCCAACAGGGAUGUCUCCUCGGCAACAUUCUGGGGGUUCCCCCUACCCGCCUAAUUCUCGGGUGGACCCUGUCCUAAUGGAUCCCCACCGGCCCCCAAUGGGCGGAGGAAUUCCACCACCAGAGCCACGGUUUGGACCGAUGCCGCCAGUGUCGGCACAGCAGAUGGGCGGACCUCACGGUCCAGGAGCCAUGAGACCCAUGGGACCAGCACCGGUCUCCGCAGCCAGCCAACUUCGACCAACCCGCACCUCCGAGGGGAAAAAUUGGGUUGCCCCUGGCGACGUCGUGAAUAGGAACGCUCCAGAGGUGGCGUGCCCCCUGUGCGGUAGAAACGACUUUACCACAGUGACCGACUUGGAGAUCCACUGUGCUCGCUGCACUGGGGCGGCAUCCUGACCUCCCUGCCCUAGUUAUUGUCCUUCCCUUGCUGACUUUGCAACACCACUAUGUGUAUACCCAGAUUUGUAUGUAGCUCACUACUGUUGUCACACUGUGUUUUUGGUUAACUGCUGAAAGAGAUUUCAAUUAGGUGUGUGUAACGUGAUCAUGGAACGAACAACAGAAAGUGUACAUACAGAUAGCGCUAAGGCAGCAGUUAGCCUGCGUUCUCUUCCUCCUCUUCUAUUCGCGGCAUAGUUGGCGAUUUUGGCUCUGUAGGCGUUUUUGACGCUGGGUUUUCACCUCCCUGAUCCCCUGAGACGUCUACAGUAGGGGUCAGCUCUACCGCAGCAUCUUCAGUAGGUGGCGGCGCACUUCCUUCGUCUUCCUCCUCGCUCAGCUGGACCACCGGUAUGGCCUGUGGAACACCACCACAUCGGCAAUAAGGUGGGUAUUAAUUGGAACGUGAGCAAAACUCGCCCCGUCUUCUGCUCGCCGCUGAGUGUUUUGCUUGUAUUUCAGCAGCCAGAGCGCUAGGUAUUCGAUAGGAUCAGACGGUCUCUUCGCGGCAACUUCCGCAAGGCCGCCGCUCAGACAAGAACCAACUGUCCGUUUUAGAUACUCCGCUUCUGCCGCCUCCAUUUUGUUUCCCAAUCGUUGGCAUGACAACCAGCACGC